UCUUCUCCAUCAUUUGUACCGACCGCCUGCCUGAUGCUGUUUCCCCCAAGCGAGAGUUCCACCACCGGCGGUAGGUCCGCCCCCGCCCGCCGCCAGAACGUCCGAAUUCGAGGGCAAGGCAAUGCUCACGUGUACUUAUGCAUGGGUUUGGCCGAACAGACCAGCCAUUAUUUUCGGGUAGGGGGAAGGAAAACCGGGUAUCCCUCCAGGGGGGGAGUAGCCAAGAUCGGGUGCACCCGGUGGAAAGAUUGUCAAGGUCGGGUGGCACGCCCCCCGACGAAGCGGCGACGGCCGCCGCUGUGGUCUACCGCCGCCCUCAUCUUAGUCGCGGGGGGCACCACCUGCCUCGGUCUGUGCUUGGGCUUCGUCCUGCGAGGCGUGCGGGACGAGCGCGCGACGGCGCUGUCGUUGUCGCGCGAUGCGCCUGCCGCCGACCCCACGGCUGCCGCCGACCCCGCCGCUGCCGCCGCCGUAGCGACCGGAGGGGGCGUGGUGAAGCGCUACGCGAGCUUUGAGGAGUACGCGAAGGAGAUGUUCGCCAGCGGCGGUGGCGGCAGCGGGCGGAACAGGAUGCUUGCUGUUCCCGUUGUCGACAGUCCCGCCACGGUCCAGUCUAUCGGAAGGUCCAUGGCGCUCCCGCUCGCCAUCAUCAUAGGCGUCCAGAAAGGGGGCACGCAGAGCUUGCGGCACCACCUCAUGACUCACCCGCUUUUGACCGGGAUCAACGGCAAGGAGGCACACUUCUUCGACAGGGACCCUCAGCGGUAA